GACCGGGCCACGGAGGGAGCGGCGGGCGGCGGCGCAGGAGGGGCCUGGGAGCGGCGUCCAGCUGCCGCCGGGCUGCAGCCCCUACCCGAGCCUCUUAGGGCCUUCCAGUCGUGGCCGGUGCUUCCGUCCCUGACCCUUUGUCCGGAGUACAGGCCUCCGAGCCCAGCCUCGCCCGCCGGUGUCCGGAGACCCUCUGGCCGUGUCCAUCGUGGGCGAAGCGGGCGGGUCGGACGGCUCCGACUCUCGAGCGGCGCCCGGAACCCCAAACUCGCGGCCCCCGUUUCCGGCCGGUGGAGGCGCCCAGCGGUCAGAGGCCACGGAAGCGGGCUCGGGGGGCCGGGCCGGGGUCGGACCGGAGAUGGCGCCGCCGGCGGGCGGCGAGACAGCGGCCUCGGCCCGCGACUCGGCCGCGGUAAUCCUUGCGGUGCACGCCGCGGUGAGGCCGCUGGGCGCGGGGCCGGACGCCGAGGCGCAGCUGCGGAGGCUGCAGUUGAGCGCGGACCCCGAGCGACCAGGGCGCUUCCGGCUGGAGCUGCUGGGCGCGGGGCCCGGGGCGGUCAGUUCGGAGUGGCCCUUGGAGUCAGUCUCCUACACCGUCCGAGGCCCCAGCCAGCAUGAGCUGCAGCCUCCGCCGGGAGGGCCUGGGACUCUCAGCCUGCACUUCGCCAGCCCUCGGGAAGCUCAGCGGUGGGCAGCCCUGGUCCAGGGUGCCGCUGUGGAAGGACAGAAUGGCAGUGACAGCCUGCCCCCAGCCCUAGGUCCAGAGACGUGCCCUGUUUCCCUGCCCGGUCCCCUAGAAGUGCCCACACCCAAGGCCCCCCAGCCCAAGGUGGAUCUUCCUUGGAGCCCUGGAGACUUGAUGGAGAAAGAGCUGGCAGGGGGCCUGACCCGGGCCAUAGAGAGUGGGGAUGAGAAGGGGGCUGCCCGAGCAGCAGCCACCCUGGCCCAGCAUCGUGUGGCUCUCAGUAUCCAGCUCCAGGAGGCCUGCUUCCCUCCCGGCCCCAUCAGGUUGCAGGUCACAGUUGAAGACGCUGCGUCCUCUGCCCAUGUCUCGCUGCAGGUCCACCCCCACUGUACUGUCGGGGCCCUCCAGGAGCAGGUAUUCUCGGAGUUCGGCUUCCCACCGGCUGUGCAGCGCUGGGUCAUUGGGAGGUGCCUGUGUGUCCCUGAGUACAGCCUCGCUUUCUAUGGGGUCCGGAGGGAUGGGGACCCUGCUUUCCUCUACCUGCUCUCAGCCCCGCGAGAAGCCCCAGGACGUAAUCCUCAGCGUCCUCAGAAGAUGGAUGGGGAACUAGGCCGCCUGUUUCCUCAGUCAUUGGGGCUGCCCCAAGCCCCUCAGCCAGCCGGCUCCAGCCUCCCCAACCCCCUUCAGCCCGGCUGGCCCUGCCCUUCCUGCACCUUCAUCAAUGCCCCUGGCCGACCUGGCUGCGAGAUGUGCAGCACCCAGAGGCCCACAGCCUCCACCCAGCAGCUCCCAAAGGUCACGAGGAGAGAGGAUGGCCCUUCCCUUCCAGGCCCAAGGUCCCUGGACCCCCUCCUGAGCCUCUCAGGAAACCUCUGCUGACCGCUCACUGGAGACAAAGCCAGGGUUGGGGGUGAGGGGCCAUGAGCUGGAGUCAUUAAAGACACUUCUGAGCCAGCUGGGUGCCCCUUCAUUGUGCCUUUGUGUAGCCUGGGCUGCUGGGCGAGGAGAGCAGGGCACAGCGCCACUCAGAGGAAACUUGGCAGAGGGCCCAGGUGGCUCCUGCAGGGCAUUCCUGGGAUGCAGGUCCCCUGAAACGUCCCAGACCCCAAGGGCACCCCGUCUGCUGACACUGGGCUGCGCCCUGAGUCCCAUC